AUCAACACUCACCGUAAAGAAACAGUAAGAAUCUGUGAACCAGAAAACCUCAAACCACAACGCUCUGCUCUCUAAGUUUUACGGUAAUCAGCGUCAUGCUACCGGAAAGGCCACUGUGUUGCCCCUUUUGUAAGCUAACCCAACGACUGUGUCGCGCUUUUUUCCAACGCAAUAAUCGGCGGCAGCGGAGUGAAACAUGUCUACAAACAUGCCGCCGGGCAGCCUGAACCUGGAGUCACAGCUUCUGUCCAUCAUGGAUGUGCUGGUGAAAGCGGCGGUGACGGAAAUCAGUCAGCUGUUCUCGGAGAGCUCGGCGUCCCUGCGUCUGCAUUUAACCCAGAGCCUGAAGGAAAACGAAGCCCUGAGGAUGAGGAUGAAGGUGAUGAGGAGUGAGCUCUUCUCCCUCCGGCUGCAGACGAGGAGCAACCGGCCGGCGAGCCGCUUUUCUCCGAUUAGAGCCAACAUACCCAAACCGCGGGCGAAAUCACAAGUUGUCAUAAAGCCACCAGUCGCUCAGAAGGCGAUCAGAGAAGCUGCUCCCAUUACUCUGCAGUCAGAGAACAAGACUUCCUCUCCUGCCACGACAGUGGAGUGUGCAGAUGUGGACACCCCAGAUGUCAUCCUGAUCAAAGAUGAAGAUGACAUUGGAGGCUGUGGGCCAGUUGUAGGUCAGGAUGACUUCAGAAAUCACAGUACGCAGGGUGGUGUUGCUGCUGGGACUCAGAGUUUAGAGCCUGCUGGUUCCUCCUGCCUGACAAACGAUAACGCAGAGCUGAGAAUCGUGAGCGUUCACGGCCGAGGGGAAGGGCCCCUACAGGAGGAGAGCGACACCCUCUUCACUGUCUCUGAACUGCAGGCUUUCAGCUCUCUGUCUCCUGACCACUCCGUCACCCACGACAGUCUCCUAAAUUUCACCUCUGGUGCCAACGACAGACCCCCGAUGAGGGGGAUGCACGAUAACAGUGUCGGACUGGUUAGAAACAGCCAGAAUCAUUCCACUCAAAUCAGCGUACCGUCAUUGAGUCCUGCAAUAAAAACAUCAAUAGGAGCCGACGGUAAAGGAGGCCAUCCCAGUCACGUCAGCCAGUUCUCCCAGCAGCAGAGCUCCGUCUUCCCUCACGCCAUCAACAAAUCCCUGGACUGCAGUUUCUGCGGCGAGCGGUUUGUCACCCGCGAAGACCUGAUUGUGCACCGGGCGAGUCAUACCGGAGAGUCGCCUGUUCCUUGCUCUUUGUGCGGCAAAUCGUUCGUCAACAAGACCACGCUGAGCAUCCACAUGCGCAUUCACACCGGGGAGAAGCCGUACGCCUGCCCGCAGUGCGGGAAGCGCUUCACGCAGAACGGCAGCCUGAAGAUCCACCUGAGGACUCACUCCGGAGAGAAGCCGUACACUUGCUCUCAGUGCACCGCCAGCUUCAACAACCCGAGCAACCUGCGCAGACACAUGAUCACACACAACACUAACGAGGUUCACUGACCAAAAGAUUUAAAGGGUUAAUCUGGAUUUUUUUUUUUUUUUUUUAAAGAACAUUUUUCAGCAUGUUACUUUUACUGACUCUUCUUAUGUCAUAAUGAUAUAUUUGGGGGAAAAUGUGUUUCCUUUGGCAGCGUGUCAUUGUUUUGUCAUUAGUGUCUUGGUUGAAAUGUACUUAAUAAUCUGUAAGUACACUAAUGUAUAUCUUGACAACUUCCUAGUAAAAUCAACUUUUUUGGUUUUAAAUAAGGGCACAAAUAAGCAUGAUCUCUGUUUAAUAUGAUGAGACCUGCAUUCUUUGAAAGCCAGCAAAAGUACAUUAAGCUUUAAAAAUCCCAAAGCCUUUUUUUAUUUUUAACCCUCUAUGAGAGAGAGAGAGAGAGCCAGAAUGAUCUUUUUAUACUGUCUGAAAAGAAAACAAACUCGGAUGCCUCACAUCACAUCACCUUAAUUACAUGCUAGUUUGGUAAAUGCUCAUUUUUUCUUACCGUGACCUAACAAAAUCUGCCUGUUAUACAACUGUAGCUCAACACUUUCUCUCAACAUUAUUUAUUCAGUGUGAAAAUUACUCUCAUUAUUAAUAAUUUUGUAUUAAUGACUUGUCUGACAUCGUGAAUGCUUGCAAGCUUUAAACCACAGGAAUCAUUCCUCAUGUUACUGGAGGGAAACAUUGUGCGGGUCAGAGACGGGGUUCCCAACUGGAUGGCUGAGUAUACAACAGGUGCCUAUUAUUAUUAUUAUAAUUAUUAUAAUAAGAAUAAUAAUAAUUAUUAUUAUUCUUAUUAUUAUUAUUGUUACAGAGAAAUGGACAGAAACACUGACCGUGACAUUGAAAUGAAAAGGAAAGCAUGGUACAGUUAAGGCUGGUUUAUGGGGUCAAAAUGUUCUGUUGUAGUUUUAUAUCGUGAUAUCAAUAUAGUGUGAUAUUUGAUAUAUGAAGUGAUGUUGUGAUUUAGUCAAUUUUCUGUAAACUCAAGACACAGUUCAUAUCUAACAGCUGAGAAACAGUUUAUAGAUAAAAAAAUAACCUGACGGGAAUAUCUGCUUCUGGCAAAUUAAGGUAUUUCAUCACAUUGAUUCAACAGUCCUGUCAACUCAUUAUUGCCUUAAAGAUUUGCAGACACGUCCUAAUACAAAUAAUUAAACACAGUGUGAAAAAAUCCAGUUAUAAUAUGGCUGACAAAUGUCUAUUGUGUCAUGUAUAUAGUGACAUAUCGCCCAACACAAGGUACAGUAUCAAGUGUUAAAGAGUGUUAAACUGGUUUAAAAGUUUGCAGAGGUAAAAGCAAUCACACGGUUGACAGAAACUUUCAGAAACACUGAUAAAACUUGAGACCUGGAUUUAUUAAUCUGAACAUUAUUCUACCCUUCUUUCUUUCUUUGUGUGUAUGUAUGUAUGUGUGUGUGUUUCAUUUGAAAAGCAAACUACCUCCAGUGUCAUCUGUUGCAGCUCUCUUUUCCUCUUUUUGUACUUCCCUAUCGUUCCAGACUGGGCAAUAAUCAAUUUUGUGUGGACUCCUGUGUGUGGAUUUGUAGUCUGAAUAUGCAAUUAUGAAUAAAUACUGAUUUUUCAGCA